AUGAUUGACAUGUGGACAGCUUGUCCAACUGUUCAGGUGAAAAAUAAAACCCCCCGUCUCCAAACUUCAAGGAGGGUUUGUUGCUCCAGUAGGAAUCAAUCCAGAGGCUCUUUCCCCUCUGUUGAACUCCGCCUUGCGGCAGCUUCUUGUGGCCAGGGCUGGACUGUAUCAUGUCAGCCAACAGUUGGGUUAGUCGUCUCGUUGGUUGGUGAGCGGUUUAAUUCACUGCACCGACAUGGCAAGGACGGGUCCAAGGGGUGUUUAAUGCCACUGUCCAUGUCAUCUUUAUUCAUGUUGGGAUCCCUCCAUUACCCUCCCUGA